AUGUCGGCCGCGGGCGAAGACGAAAAGAUGUCGGACGUGGUCCCUGCGACGGCGGCUGAUCAUCUUGAGGAUGCUGCACUGACGGGUGCAGAAGAACGUACGCAGCGCCGCGCUGCACAGACACAGAGCUUGAAUGCCAGUCGCUCGGUGAUGAACCGGCAAAAGACUGUCGACAGCUUAAAACGCUUCAGCUACCUGCUGGGCCAGACGGAGCUGUUCCAGCACUUUAUCGAUAUUAAGAAGGACCGUGACCCUGAGUUUGCGCGGCUCUUGGAGGAAUCGGCGCAGCAGCGCUCCAAGAAGAAAACGGGUGGCAGUGAUCAACGGCACCACCGCAAGUCGGAGCGGGAAGAAGACGCUGAGCUGCUGCAUGACGAGAAUGCCGAGGACGAAGAUGAAACGUUUGUCUUCCGUGAGAGCCCUGGCUACGUGAAGGGCGGUACGAUGAAAGAAUACCAGAUCCAGGGCCUCAACUGGCUGAUCUCGUUGUACCAGAACGGUAUCAAUGGCAUUUUGGCCGACGAGAUGGGUCUCGGUAAGACGCUACAAACGAUUUCGUUUUUGGGCUUCUUGAAGUUCUACCGCGACACCCCUGGUCUGCACCUGGUUGUCGUGCCAAAGUCCACGCUCGACAACUGGGUGCGUGAAUUCGAGAAGUGGGUGCCUGGUUUCCGUAUCAUUACGCUGCAAGGCAGCAAGGAAGAACGUCAGGCGGUGAUUCAGCAGCGCCUGCUGCCGCAGGACUUUGAUGUGCUGGUGACAACAUAUGAGAUGUGUCUGCGUGAGAAGCCAUCGCUGCAGAAGAUGUCGUGGGAGUACAUUGUCAUUGACGAAGCGCAUCGUAUUAAGAAUGUCGACUCGGCGCUGUCACAGAUUGUGCGUGCGUUUACGUCGCGCAGCCGUCUGUUGAUUACAGGAACGCCGCUGCAGAACAACUUGAUGGAGCUCUGGAGCUUGCUCAACUUCUUGCUGCCGGAUGUGUUCUCGUCCGCAGAAGACUUUGAAGCAUGGUUCCAGCGCAAGGGCGAGUCAGAGAACGACGAUCAAGGCACGAUCGUGCAGCAGCUGCACAAGGUGCUGCGUCCCUUCCUGCUGCGCCGUGUCAAGGCGGAUGUCGAGCACAGUUUGCUGCCGAAGAAGGAGAUCAAUGUGUUUGUCGGUCUCACAGACAUGCAGCGCAAGUGGUACAAGUCGUUGCUCGAGAAAGAUAUCGACGCAGUCAAUGGUGCGCUCUCGAAGAAGGAGGGCAAGACGCGUCUGCUCAACAUUGUGAUGCAGCUGCGCAAGUGCUGCAACCAUCCAUACUUGUUUGACGGCGCAGAGCCUGGUCCGCCCUUCACGACCGACGAGCAUUUGGUGGACAACAGUGGCAAGAUGGUGAUUCUCGAUAAGCUUCUGCGGAAGAUGAAGGAGCGUGGCUCUCGUGUUUUGAUUUUCAGCCAGAUGAGCCGUAUGCUUGACAUUCUCGAGGACUACUGCCUGUUCCGCGAGUACAAGUACUGCCGCAUCGAUGGUAGCUCUGUGCACGAAGACCGUAUCGCUGCGAUUGACGAGUACAACAAGCCGGACAGCGACAAGUUUGUGUUCCUAUUGACAACGCGCGCUGGUGGUCUGGGUAUCAAUCUGACCACGGCCGAUAUCGUCGUGCUGUUCGAUAGCGAUUGGAACCCGCAGGCAGACUUGCAGGCCAUGGAUCGCGCUCAUCGUAUUGGCCAGAAGAAGCAGGUGUAUGUGUACCGCUUUGUGACGGACAACUCGAUCGAGGAACGCAUCCUCGAACGGGCCGCCCAAAAGCUGCGUCUCGACCAGCUUGUGAUUCAGCAGGGCCGCACAUCGGCGCAGCCCAAGACCGGCCAAAUGAAGGACGAUCUCGUGGAUAUGAUUCAGCAUGGUGCAGAGCGCAUUAUCAACUCGAAAGAGUCCAUGGAAGUCAAGGACGAUAUCGACGAAAUCAUCGCCAAGGGCGAGGCACGGACCGCCGAACUGCAGGCCAAGUACCAGCAGUUCACCAGCCUCGACGAGCUGACCAACCUGCGCAGCGAGUCGACGUACGAAUGGGAAGGCGAGCAGUACAAGGGCCGCAAGCCCGGCACGGGCAUCUGGAUCGAGCCGGCAAAGCGCGAGCGCAAGCAGAACUACUCGAUCGACAGCUACUACCGCGAUGCGAUGCGCACGACGGCGAAACCCGCAGCGCCUAAAGCCCCGAAGGCGCCCAAGCAGGUGCCCACGCCCGAAUGGCAAUUCUACCCGCCGCGUCUGAUUGAGCUGCAGGAGCGCGAGACCGCGGCGUACCAACGCAGCGUCAACUACCAGGUCCCCAAGCCCGAGUCGGACGAUCCCGCCGCAGAGGCACAGCGCGCCGAGGAACAAAAACGCAUCGACGAGGCAGAGCCCCUCACCGAGGAAGAGCAGGCGGAGAAGGAGCAGCUCAUCACGCAGGGCUGGAGCUCGUGGAACCGCCGCGACUUUCAGCAGUUUGUCAAGGGCUGCGAAAAGCAUGGACGCACGGCCUAUGCAGCCAUCGCCGAGGAGAUUGGGCUGGGCGAAAAGAGCGAAGAAGAUGUUCGGGCCUAUGCGCAAGUGUUCUGGGCUCAUGUCAACGAGCUCAGCGAUGGCGAGCGGAUCGUCCAGCGUGUUGAGGAGGGCGAGAGCAAGCGCCAGAAGCUGCAGCACCAUGAGCGUCUGCUCCGCCGCAAGAUGGCGUCGUAUGCUGCGCCGCUGCAUCAGCUCAAACUCACGUACAACCAGGCGAAGGGCAAAGCGUACUCGGAAGACGAGGAUAGGUUCCUCCUUGUCCGUCUCGCUGACUAUGGCCUGAGUGGCGAGGAUGUUUACGAGCGCAUUCGCGCGGACGUGCUGGGCUACCCCGAAUUCCGCUUCAACUGGUUCAUCAAGAGCCGCACACCGCAGGAACUUGCGCGACGAUGCCAUACCCUCCUCCUGCUUGUUGUCAAGGAGGAAGAAGAGGUGGAUGCUGCUGCGCAGGCCGCCUCCAAGAGCAAGAGCAAGAAACGAAGCGCGCCCCCCGCCGAGGGACGGCCUACGGGCCGCGCACGCCGGUCGUGA